CGUCCAAAAGUCAUGAAUGUGCUAACAACUCUUAAAGAAGCUUAUGAAAAAUAUGUUCCUAAAGGAGCUUCUCCCAUGAUACUUCCUAAAACUAUUAGCGACAACAAUAUCCCAAUCUAUAAUCUAGGAGAUAAAAAUAAAUGCGACACUGGAAAAUUGCCAGAGGAUUAUAAGAG